AUGGAUAGUUCACAUUGUACUGAUCCUGGUGCACAACAAACUUAUCAAUCACAAGGUCACGAAGAAUCUAUAGCAGAAAUAAAUACUUAUAAAAUAGGUCAAGGCAAAUCAGCUAUUGUUUUAUUUACUGAUAUAUUUGGUUAUUCAUUUAUUAAUGCUCGAAAAUUAGCUGAUCGUUUUGCUGAAGAAACUGGCACAACAGUUCUCAUUCCUGAUCUUUUUCAUGGAGAUCCUGUAAAUCCUAAUAUACCAAACUAUCGAGAAUUAAUGCCUGAUUGGUUAAAAAAACAUCCUAUUAGUGGUGCAUGUGAAAUUGCAGAUAAAUUUCUUUCAACUAUCAAAGGACAUUAUCAAUCAAUUCAAAUAAUUGGAUUUUGUUAUGGAGCUAAGCCGGUAGUUUAUUUAAUAGCUCAUGCCGAAUUAUCAUCAACAAUUAAAGCUGCUAUAGUAGGACAUCCAUCAAGACUGGAGAAACAAGAAGCUGAACAAAUAAAACGACCAAUUCUAUUUUUAUGUGCUGAAACGGAUCAGUCAUUUUCACCAGAUGUACAAGAACAUUUUGAAAAAACGUUAACAGAGAAUGGUUUUGGUACAUUUUUUAAAUAUCCAGGUACAGCUCAUGGUUUUAUUGUUCGACCAGAUGGUACUCCACAAGUUAAUGAACAAAGUGAAAAAGCUGUUCAAGAUGCUAUUGAAUAUUUUAAAAAGAACAUUUAA